AUGUUUUUGUUUGGAAUUCUCGUCUAUCAUAUUCUUUUCGGUCCUAACACUUUUCUCGGAAAUCGAUCGGGUUUAGAGAGGCUUUCGUCGUCGGCCCACAACUCGGCCACGCCCACACCUGCCGACCGCCAACAGUUGGUGGCAGUGUUGCGCCAACGAACUCUCGUCGACGUCAACGACAACGACUGCUUUCGCUGCUGCUCCGAUCGUCGUCGUCAUCGUCGUCAUCGUCGUCUGUUACGCUAA